CCUGCCGUGCGCCGCCGUGCCAGCGUGCCUCCUGCUGACGGCGGGGCGCGGUGGCCGACGGGGUGUCUGCGGCCUCGCCGCGGGCGAAUGCCUGGCGCCAGCGGGGGGGCUGGACCUCCUGGACACGGGAUCCGCCGUGCAGGACGCCGGGCUCUUCCGCGAGCGGCCGCUGGGGCCGCUGCGGUACCGGUGGGCGGAGCGGCUGGAAGAGGCGGAGGGCGUCAGUUAUGCCGCGAGAGUCACGAGGGGCCUCUACCGCGGCUCGUUUCCGGACAACGAGGGCGUCGCAUGGCUUCGCCGUCUGGGGGUGCGCACGAUCAUCAACCUGAACGGCCACAACUCCAGCGGCUACAGGAGGGUGGUGCUGGAGCAGGGGAUCCGCUACGAGCACCUGCCGCUCAGCCCCAUGCGUGCGCCCACGGAGGAGGACGUCGCGCGAUUCUUCGAGAUUCUCGGCGACUGGAGCGCCAGCCCCAUAUACGUGCACUGCCUGCACGGGGUUGACCGCACGGGCACCAUGAUAGCCCUCUUCCGCAUACGCGAGCAGGGCUGGCGCAACGACGAGGCUCUGGCGGAGAUGAUCUACUUCGGCAACAGCGGCUUCAAGAACCUUCGCCUGUUUGUG